AUGAACAUGAAGUGGUUUGCAUCUUUAGCUUUUUUAAUUCUUCUUGAUACUUCCAAGACUGAGAGUCAAGAUGUACCAGUGAAGCUUUGUGGUCGUGAGUUCAUUCGGAUGGUGGUUACAUCGUGUGGAAGCUCUCGACUCAGACGGAACUCACCUGCUUCAGAACUUCACUUUGCAAACCCCCAUAGGAAUCUACAAAACUGGCUCAACAGAGAUCUUGUUGUGCACCAGAAAGAGACCCUGUCUGCUGAGAACGAGCAGUGGAGGGAGCAUGACUCCCCCGAGAGCUUGACAGAGCAUCCAGCCCCCCACCAGCACACAAGCCCACCAGCAGAGCAUCUGGAACACUCCACCACUGUGCAGGAUCUCAGCAUGUCCUCCAGGACCCGCCGUGAUGUCGGGCCAGCGGGCAUCUGCUGUACUUCAGGAUGUACCAUGAGUGAACUGAUUCAAUACUGCUAAACUCAC